AGCCGAGCUUGCGCAAAUCCUCGCUCGUAAAACGUCAAAGAGAGUGAUUCUCUGCCUUUCAGAAUUUUCUAAAGCAGUUUUUCAACAAAAAACAUGUGGUACGAGACCCUUCCACCGUUGUUGAUUAUCGGAGUGUUGAUGACCACAUAUCAAGUAAACAGUGUGUUGGUCACAAAGCUUUUGAUGGGCGUGCCGUACCGGAGAGAAAUUGACGAUGUUUUCCAGCGUGUUAUGUGGACGAGAGACACAAGAGUUUCUGGAGUACCAUGGCGCCUUGCGGGUUUGGAAAACAUCCCUGAUGAAACUCCCAAGAAGCAAUAAAUGAAUUAAGUUACUAACAUGCGAGCAGUUUUAAAACUUCAAUAUUGUAUAAUUAAUGUCACAUAAAUUAAAAUAAACAAAUGCCUCUGUUGAAUAUUUCUAGUUAAUUUUGAUUUAAAAAUAGUUACAAGUUGUAAUGAAAAACGCAAAAUAAAGAUCGUUGCGUUGAAAAGCAAGACAAACGCGA